AUGAAGAUUGCAUGCCUGGCAUGUGUCUUUUCCAGGGUUAUCCUCACGAAGGUGUUUGAUGAGGUAAUCGAGGUGAACCUGAUCGACAGUGCAGACUACAUCCACCUAGCCUUUCUGAAGAGGCCUGAGCUUGGGGUCACCCUCACCAAGCUUCACUGUUGGACCCUCACCCAUUAUAGCAAGUGUGUCUUCCUAGAUGCAGAUACUCUGGUGCUAUCCAAUAUCGAUGAACUGUUUGAUAGGACAGAGUUUUCUGCAGCCCCCGAUCCUGGAUGGCCAGACUGCUUCAACAGUGGUGUAUUUGUCUUCCAACCAUCGCUGGAGACCCAUGGCCUCUUGCUGCAGCAUGCCACCAACCACGGCAGCUUUGAUGGGGCAGAUCAAGGCUUACUGAAUAGCUUCUUCAGUAGCUGGUCAACAGCAGACAUCCACAAGCACUUACCGUUCAUCUAUAACUUGAGCAGUAACAUGGCAUACACCUACAGCCCUGCUUUCAAACGAUUCGGUUCAAGUGUGAAGGUAGUCCACUUUUUGGGGCCCACAAAGCCAUGGAACUACAAAUACAACUCCCAGAUGGGCUCGGUGUUGGAGGAGGGCUCCGGGUUGGCCAACCAGCACCAGACGUCCUUCCUUAACCUCUGGUGGAAAAUCUACCAGCACAGCAUCCUGCCUCUUUAUGGAAGCUUCCGGGAUGAGGAAGAACGCGCAUCUCCAGGACACUCCGCUGGCAUCGGGGAGCCAUAUGCAAAACCAGCAGUGGGGUCCAGCCAGCCUUGGCCUGCUGACGGCCCUUCAGAGCAGACCAUGGUCACAGAUGACACCCCACCCUCACCCAAGGGGUGCCAUUCGGAAGAUGUAAGUACCCACCCUCCACACAAGUGUGCCUGGAGAAUCAGAGAAUCGGAUGCUGGCUCCCCAAGGAGACAGAGCUGAGAGCCUGCUCCCGGGGCUCCCAGGGCUUCCAGGGAGGGAGAGGGCAUGGCCCUGUCUGCAGUCUGCUCUAGCUUCGAGGAGCUCCUGUGUUCAUGUAGAUCAUUGCACGGUGACCCGUGGGGUACAUUGAAUAAUGCUCCCCCACCAACAUGUGCACAUCCUAAUCCUAGGAACCUGAACAUGCUACCUUAUCUGGAAACAGGGUCUUAGCAGGCGUGGUCAUGUUGAGGACCACCAGAGAAUGACUCUGGGUUUUCCAGGUGGGCCUUGUGUUGUCACAAGGGUCCUCAUAUGGGGGAGGCAGAAGGAGAUUUGCUAAUAGAACGUGAUACAGAAGAAACAGAGGCCAGACAGAGACUGGGAGAUGCUAGUUCUGCUGGUGUUGAGGGAACAUGGCCACAAACCAGGGCUGCAGGAGCCUCAAGAAGCGGGAAGAGGCCAGGAGAUGGACUGUCUGCAGGAGCUGCCAGAAGGAACUCACCCUGCCCACACCUUGACU